AUGACUGAUACGCUUUCUUUACGUGGAACACUCGAAGGUCACUCAAACUGGGUGACGGCUAUUGCCACCACUUCAGAAAAUCCCGAUAUGAUUCUAUCGGCGUCUCGUGAUAAAACAAUUAUUGUCUGGACGUUAACUCGAGAUGAAACGAAUUAUGGUGUUCCCCGUAAGGCACUCACUGGCCAUAAUCACUUUGUGCAAGAUGUGGUCAUUUCUUCCGAUGGACAAUUUGCUUUAUCCGCUUCUUGGGAUAAAACUCUUCGCCUUUGGGAUUUAAAUACUGGUACCACCACUCGUCGAUUUGUUGGUCAUGAAAAAGAUGUACUUUCGGUAUCUUUUUCUCCUGACAACCGUCAAAUCGUAUCGGGUUCAAGAGAUAAAACUAUUAAAUUAUGGAAUACACUUGGUGAAUGUAAAUUUAAUAUUCAAGAUGAAGGUCACACCGAAUGGGUUUCUUGUGUGAGAUUUUCACCUAAUCCUUCUAAUCCAGUAAUAGUUUCAUGUGGUUGGGAUAAACUUGUUAAGCUUACAAAAUGCAAACUUCGAACAAAUCAUAUUGGACACAAAGGAUAUAUCAACACUGUCACUAUUUCGCCUGAUGGAUCACUUUGUGCAUCAGGUGGAAAGGAUGGUAUUACAAUGUUGUGGGAUCUUAAUGAAGGAAAACAUUUGUAUUCGUUAGAGGCUGGAGAUAUUAUUAAUGCAUUGGUAUUCAGUCCUAAUCGUUACUGGUUGUGUGCUGCUACCGCAUCUUUUAUUAAGAUUUGGGAUCUUGAAACAAAGACCGUUGUAGAUGAUCUUAAACCUGAAUUUACAGAAACAGGCAGGUUUUCAAAAGAUCCGGAAUGUAUUUCUCUGGCUUGGUCACCAGAUGGUACUACCUUGUUUGCAGGAUAUACAGUGAUGGACGAUGAUUCGGGAUUUCCUGAGUUCGUUCACGUUGUAUAUACAAUAUGGGAAUGGAACGAAAAUCAAAUAAUAGAACUACAAAACUUGUGGAAUGAAAUAGAAGAAAAACAUAGUGAACAUAAUGUCGAAAUUUCAUUCCUUCCGGAAAAACAGGCCUUUGAAAUUAAAACUAGUUCGGAUGAAAUCAUGAAAGAAUUGCACAAAGAAUUUUCUAAUAUUUUACACAAUAUGUCAAGUAAAGCAAAAACCGUUUUGACUAUUCCAAAACGUAAAGCGAAACGUAGUGUAGAGAAAUCUGCUGUCACAGUAGUUGGAAUUCCACCACCUCUAUUAGUACCUGAUCUUCCUAUCUUUAACGAGAUCGAUGAUAAAUAUGAAUUUGAAGAAAAAUACUUUUUUUCAAAAAAUAUUAAAAGUGUUAAUGAAGUAUUAGGUUCAGAUCAGCGCGAGUUUAACCAAAAUUGCGAUUUUUGGAAAGAAAUUUGUGCUGAGUGUAAAGUGAGCGGCGACAUAAUUCCCAAGGAGAAAGCAAUUAUAAUCAUUGGGGGGAAUAAAAGAGAUAUCGAAGAAGCAAAGAAAAGAUUAGCGACUUUGGAACGUAUUCAUCUUAAAGCUCGUUUUAGACGAAUCGAAUUACUCCUUGUUCAUUAUCCAUAUCAAAGUGUCCCCUUCAAGUUGUGUUUUGUAAAAUUAUCAACUCAUUUUUACUUCAGCAAAGUAUUUAAGGAUCCGAAUCUUCGAGAUCAUUAUAUAAUCAUUCCGGCUACCCAGAAUCCAGCUAGCAGGAAAUGGAGGACUCCAAAUAUCACGAAUAAUAUAACACUAGAUAGUAAUAAAUUAAUUAAUAAUUCUGACCUACCGGGUCAAAGGCAAGUCAAUCAAAUGCCUGAAUCUUCCUCGAUAAAGCAGAAUGAAUUUAAUCCUCACAACUGGCCAGCUGUAGAGCAACCUACUACUCGAAUACCAUGGUCAACUGAUGAUCCUCCGGAUUUAUUAAAUAGUACUUCAUUCCCACCGAUGCGUUCUAAUACAACUCCUAUUCGGAAUAAUUCACAGAAUUAUUCAUCGAGUUCCAAUGUACCAGUAACUUCUGUAUCAGAACCUUCUGAAGAACAAAACUCAUCACGUUCUCCUCUGUCAGAUGACCAAAAUAAGAUGCGAAUCAAUCUCGCAGCACAAAGGAAAAUGCGUGCACAAUAUGGACAAACUUCUCAAACUUCUCAAAGUACUAGUACUUCAGAUAGAAAAUCUUACUCAGGUUUGUUCGGAAAUGAGUAUACAGAAAAAGUGAAAUUUGCGGAACCUUUUGAAGAAGAAAGUGUUAACGAUAGACCUAUGAUGAAUCCUUCGGUCCAUAAUAUGGUUUUGGAAAAAGGACCUAAUAAUGCUGAUAAUAACGCUAAUAACGCUAGAACCCCUGGAAAGAUUCUAGGAAAAGUUACACUUACAAAAAUAGAUCCAAAUGUAAUUCCAAAAAAGCUUUGGGAAUAUACGGAUUUAAAGGAUGUAAUCGUUGGGCAAUAUGGAGCAUCCCCUACUUUUAAGAAUUUCGCAACCAAUAUACCAGAACUUAGUGAAAAAUUAGUAGAAAUUCUUGGGAAAAAACCGUCUCAAAAGAAUGCAUAUUUUGAAAUUUGUGCUAACGCUAGAAAUUCACCACAUAGCGAACACAUUCCAGUAUAUAUGUAUAUAAACAGUAAUCUUGUUACUUUAGAUAAAGUCGCACUACCUUGGAAUCGUUUAGUAGACAUUGACUUGACGGUUUUGGAUCGAAAUUUCGACUUUGGAAUGAGUUUGGCAGCAAGGCGACUUCUUCGUCCUGACAUUAAACCGUUUAGUACUUUUAUUAAAAAGACGGCAGUUAGUCCAACUAGUGUUAUAACAUUUGAACAUAUUCCUGAUUUCCUUCAUGUAAAAUCUAUAAAUUAUAAAGUAACUUCAAGGUACAAGUUACAUUAUCCAUAUAUUGCCGAACUUACUCGAAUUGAACAACUUCCUCUUUCCGAACAAAAUAACUCUAAUAAAAUUAUGGGCAGAACUGGAAAAGGAAUAGUUAAAUGGACUAUUGAGAAUGAAACACUUGGUGCGGGACAGUUGGCUGAAUGGACAGUUGAAGAUAUUCUCGGAGAAGAACCGAAUAUGGCACUUUUAGUUGAAUAUAUUAAAACUAUGUUGCUUUUAGUUGAACGUUGCAGCAAAGUUGUAGAAGAAAAUAAACAAGAUAUAUUAAAUAAGUUGGAACAAUUAGAUAGACCGGUUCCAGCAGCAGCAACAAUAUUUAAUUAUGCAAACUUAUUAAACUUAAAAAUAAGUUUGCAAACGAUCUGA